GUCAAAUGCUUGCGAUUCGCUCAUGCACCCAAAUGAUUUCGAAAUAAUGUCAGUCGGCAGCCCCUCUACGGCCUUGAUGCUUACAUGAAUUAUUAUAAAAUUUAGAAAAGACGAGAUUCAAGACUAGGAUACAGCAAAAGGCCGCUCAAGAUGAGGCCAUUACAUCUCCUAAUUUUUUGCUGCGCAGUUUCAGCAUCAUUUGCGAAAAUUCUCAUCCAAGACGGAGAAAAAGAAAUAAAACUACAAAAACGAGGUGGUGCGGAAAUCAUCGGCAUUGCCACAAGUGAAAAAGAUUCAGGAGAAUCUGGCACUACCAGAAAGCGACUCGUCGCGUACUUGGACUUCGAAAAAUUCAAUGGCGCAACUGCUUCAGAUGAAUCUGGAUUUGACAACAACGCACAGAUGUCGACCGGUGCCCUCGUUGCUAAGAUCCCAGACAGCAACUGUGGCAACGUCGCCUACCUUUGGUGUGUAGACAUUAGUUUCCAGAGCACCGAAUUCCAAGCCAAGCCCAAGGUGGCCGUCACUGUCGCAGCAUGGAUCUACCUUGUGAAGAUCGAUGGCUCUCACUCAAUCUUCCACACCGUUGGAGCCACUCACCCAAUGGGUCAAUAUCAUUUUGAGGUCAACUACGGCAACGUGCGUUGGUUCCACAGAAACGAGAGCCAGAACGUCGUGUUCGAAACUGAGGCUCAUGCAGUCAAACCACACGAGUGGACCCAUAUUGCUGGUACAUACAACGCAUCAACCGGAUUCGCCAACAUCUUUAUCAAUGGAGAGAUCAAGAACCACUCAGUUGGCAACGGUUACCUAUCACGUGACUGGGGAGCAGAGGCCAAGAUUGGCAACAACAAGAUGAACAGACCACUCAGCGGUCUCAUUGACGAGUUUAGGAUAUAUAACUAUGCCUUGAGCCCAGAGGAAAUCAAGCAGCUUUUUGAGAAGUGCAAGUUCGGAUCUGGAGCCAAUAACCUGAACGAGAAGACUGGUGGUGGAAGAUCCGAUGGUAUUGCAGGAAUUGCUGGAGAUGGAGGAGCUGGCGGGGAAAGCAAAAGCGACGUAGCGGCGGAUGAAAAAGGGCCGAGUGCCGACAAUAAAGUUGAAUUUAAACCUGAAAAAACAAAAGGGAAGGCCAAAGAGCAAGCCUCGGAAUCGAGCAGCAAUAACAACAACAGCAACAGCAACAACAACAACAACAGCGAAUCGAGCAAAGAUUCAGUGUUAAAGAAAUCGACCAUCCAUACAUAACCAUGAACUUUCCAAGAAAUAAAUGACAGCAUAGAUUAUUUCUAUGAAAUAUCUUGUAAUCAAGCUAUAAUUAGCCUGGAAACAGGAUGAGAAACUGAAGGACAAAUGAACCAUUCUUGACGUAGGGAAAUUGUAACUAUAACUUUGGGAUAUACUGUGGGCGGCAGAGGAGAAGAGCUGAUGCAAUAUAAUAAAUAUAUAGCUCGUAUUAGAAUUGGAGACAUUUUUCACAGCAUGAUAACCACUAAUAACCUAGAUUAUAGGGAUCUUGUAUAAAGAUUCAUCUACCGUUUAAAACCAAAUGUUGCAUUUAGAUGACUGGAAAAACUUAUAAUAUUAUACUUGGAUUUUGUUCGAAACUCAAAAAUUGUAAUGUAAAAAGCUCUUCGACUGCGGCUGCAAGAAAAAGGGCCAUUCAAAUAUGAGGCUUGGUACAGCUUCAACCACAAAUAAGAGCUAUGAUACUAUUCGAAUUUGCAAUGUUUGGUUUAUAAUAAUUAAUCGCAUUUUGAUUAGAUGAGAUAACACUUUUUACAA